AUGUCCCGGCCGCGCGGCGCAGCGGGGUCCCGAACCCGCGCCCGCCCGCCCGGCCGGCCAUGCCCCGCUCCUUCCUGGUGAAGAAGGCGAGCAGCACCCGGGUGCCCGACUACGGCCAGCUGCACUCCCGCGCCCACGAAGUCAUCGGUAGCGGCUCCGGCUGGUGUCCCUCCAGCGGCGGGCAGGCCUUGCCUGCCCCCCUCCAGACCGAAGACGCCCCCCCCUCCGCGCCCUGCGAAGCCGCCCGGCUCUGGGACCGUGGCGCCCUCCUCGCCCGCCUCUCCCUGCCUCUCCCGCUGGAGGGUGAGGCCAAAGGGACCCCCGGCCCGAGUCCCUCCAGCCCGGACGUCAGCCCAGCAGACACGCCCACGGGCACCCCCCUCAGGGACAACCAGAACGACCUCAACCGGCUGAGCCUGCCUCGGAGACGGGUGCCGGAGCUGGGCAGCCCUGCCGAGGGCAGCAAGGCCACCCCGGACAAGCUGGUGGGGGCACCGGGUGAGACCCCUCCGCGGCUGGGGUGCUGCGGCUGCCACGCCUCCUACCCCGCUGUCUGCAGGCACCGCGAGCUGCCCCCCCGGAAAUCCUUUGCUUGCAAGCACUGCGACAAGGAGUACGCCAGCCUGGGUGCCCUCAAGAUGCACAUCCGCACCCACACGCUGCCCUGCCUCUGCAAGAUCUGCGGGAAAGCCUUCUCCAGGCCCUGGCUGCUGCAGGGCCACAUCCGCACGCACACAGGCGAGAAGCCGUACAGCUGCUCCCACUGCAGCCGCGCCUUCGCCGACCGCUCCAAUCUCCGCGCCCACCUCCAGACCCACUCGGACGUCAAGAAGUACCAGUGCCGGGCCUGCGCCAAGACCUUCUCCCGCAUGUCCCUGCUGGCGCGGCACGAAGAGGCCGGCUGCUGCCCGGCAUCCUGAUGCGCCCACCCGGGGCUGCUCCCAGCAGCCAGGGACAGAGCAACCAGCUUCCUGCACCCUGCCAGGCUAUCGAGGGAAAGGCCCAUGCGAUGGGCAUCUUCAGUCACGUGCACAGGGGAGGCCUGGCUGUCCUGCCCAGUACCCACAUCGCAGCCAGAUGUGGGGGUAUCUGUGGGUGCCCAAGGAUGGAGAGCAGGCAGCUGGCUUCGAAUGCCUUCCAACAAGCUGUGUGCCAGGACAGAUAGGUUCUCCUGGCAGGACUGCGAUCUCCGCUCCUGCCCUGUGCCUUGCAGCUGGCUCGACGGGCCUCGCGCCUGCCCGUCCAGCUCAGCGGGGCUGCCUGAGCCUGGUGCUGCUUGCAAGGACCGUGCGCCAGGGACUCUGCUCUCCUUGUCUGGGCCGGACGGUACGAUGCUGCGUGGUGCUGGGGGAUCCGUGAGGCGCUGCCCCAUCACUGGAGAGCUCCUCUAGCCCCUGCCCAGGUGCCCUCCUGGCAUUUAAUAAAAGCAAUAAACUCUGGAGCAUGCUUGGGGCUAGCUCAUCCGGCUGUGGGGGGGGGG